GAACCACGACAAACACGGAAUACAAUCCUCAACAAUCGAAAUGGCCGAAGUGCAACAAGUGAGCAUCCAAUGCGAGUGCCAUCAUCGUUUUGGAAUCAUCCGUAUGCUGACAGCACCCUGGGCCUUGGGUCGCCCUUGCCGUCGCUGCAGACGCAUGAUGGAACGCAAUGUGAUUGUGGUGCCCACCUCAGGAGCUGCCGUUGCCGUUGCCCCUGCCCCUGCAUGGCGCUCGCCAUGUGUGGUAACAACAACCACCCAAACUCUGCCGCCUCAACCUCAACCUCAAGUAAUUGCCGUCCCAGUGCAAACAGCAGCCAACGUUCAGAUGCCACCACAACAGGCAUAUCCUGCCACAGAUCCGCCCAGAUAUGAACUCGUUGCAGUCAAGUAAUUACUCGGAUUUGGAUUUCGAUGUGUAUAGUGUUUGAGAAGCAUGUAUCAAAAAUAUUUUCAUAUUAAGAAAUAAACAAAAAAUGUUUUCUUGUAAA